GAAGAAUUUCUCGAACUUGAACGGCCCAGAACUAGGCUGGUAGAACAUUUCUCAUUGCCUGGGUGCGAAUGGCACAACCGAAGGGGAAACGGCUGAAAACAUGCUUGCCCACCUGCACCCUUCACCAGCCCCUGUCCGGGAAGCAGGUGAAGCAGAACUAUCCACUCAGUGUGGAAGAGGCAGUCUGCGGCCUCAUCACUUUCUUCUACGAGGUGUCCUACCGGUUUCAGGCUCUGAUGGAGAUCUUUGAACAAGAUGAUGUUGCUCUGCCCAGAGUUGCUGCCUAUUUCCGUAAGAUAACCCAAGAAGAGGAGAAGAAUGCACAAACCUUACUUGACUACCAGACAGAGCGAGGAGGGCACUACUGCCCAAAAAAUAUUCAGAAACCCCGAUGCGAAUCGGUGCGUAAUAUUCUCCAGGCGCUGGAGCUGACGUGCCACCAGUGGAAAACUGCGGCGUCCUUCCUGGAAGAACUCUGUGCGCUGAGCAAAAGCCUUGCCGACCCUCAUACUGCCAGCUUCGUCAAAAAACGUCUACUUGUUCCCAAAAUCGAACGGAUCAAAGUGGCCGGCGACCUAAUCACUAACGCCAACCGAUUGGGCUGCAGUGACGAUGGGGAGAUGAGCUUUGGCGAGUACCUGAUCGACCGUCUCCAGGAAGAAUUGAAGCCUUCUGCCUGAAUUACUCAGCGGUUUUACUAAUCUCCAAAGACCAAAGAUCGGAACAUUUUUAGUAACGUUGCAACGAGUUUUUUUUUAACACGCCCCCUUUUCCGGUUGUAUAGAUACAGAGUCUUAAAUCAAAACCGUAUUCCUUUUUUUUAAAUAAACUUCACUUAAUAGUAAUGAAAAUGGAUAAAUCAGGUUGAAUAUCGAUAUUUCAUACACGAUCGAUCUAAUGGGAUCUUUGUUGUUACUUGGAAGAAUUAGAGCCACUGUCUAAUCGUUUCCAAACAUCACGUUCCUUUUCUAUUUAAGCACUAAAGGUCUUGUUUUCUUUAUUCUUAUUAUAGAAAAUAGUGGAAAUAAGAACCUAAUUUUGUUUCAAACGCCGAAACAUCCGCUUUACAUAGUGUGUUUUUGUUCCCUACCCUGGUCCCGAUAAAAACCGAACUGAGAUUGUUUUCAGAAAUCUAAGCGAUAAUUGUAUGCGCCCCAGGGAAUACCCCGGUAAGUACUGUCGUUGUCCUGAUGGAUGACGACACGAAAUGUUGACAGUUUACUUUCCCCAAGCUGCUGCUAUACCUGCUGAGUUCUUUCUACAAAUUGUUUGAUACCCUCAUAAAACCCCGGUAUCCAGGACUGUUACUCAUUCCUAAAUUCGAAUUCUGUUGCAGCGCAGUGUUAGAGCGGGACACGCCCCCUAUAAUUAGGUACAUUUAUCGGACUAUUUAUGAAUGGUUUUCAUGGUCCUACAGGAGAGACUGCAGGUACUGGAAUCUGGAGCGGAUUGGUUGUUGCUCUUGGUCCAGCAGUAAUUCUCGGACCGUCCUUCUUCCCAGUACUUUUUACAUAUUUCCAUACUUCUGAGAACAAGCUGGUCGGUAGAUAACUAAUGCUUACACAGCGCUCUCUUUAAAAAAUGAACUCCCUGUGUCGUGUUCUAGUUUAGAUGAAACCAGGCUAUGCUCAACGGUAAUAAUAGAUUUUUUUUUAUUUUUUCGAGGACUACGCAAAAGGCUUGCGGGGAGAUUAAGUGACACGGUUUACUCGGAAAUGAAAGUCAUGCACAUUACUUGAAGGACAUCAUGGGCGGUCUGUUUUAUUCUUUAAUCGGGCUCGGGGCAUGUCCUUAUUUUUGCUGAAAAUUUUGGUUUCCACUCCAUCAAGUGUCUAAAGUUACGACAUUUGAUUUAUAACACUCCAUUCCCGACAUAUCCCGCUCAAAAAUAAUUGGAUUGCGAGAAAUUUUUAAUGUAGUAAGGUGCGAUGUAUGUUUAAAAUCGGCGAUUUCCCCUCCUCGGGACUGUGAUCGCUUGCAAACUUACCCUGCUGUCCGUUCGUAGCAUAUAUGUCAGAAGCAAUUAUUUAUUCCUGGUGCAGCUCCGGUUGCGUACACUUUUAUUCCAACAAGACUGAAGAUUUCAGAACGAAUAUUUUAAACUGCAGCUUUGUAAUAUUUUAAGAAAUCGAAAUAUUUUAUUAAGAAAUGAACUUAUUCAUAAAACUGUUUGAAAUCUGUUUUCUAUUCUACAAUUUAAAGUCUCUACAAUUUAAAGUAUUUUCAUAUCUUCCUUAACGCCCCAUGGAGUGGUUUACAAAUAAUUUGUUGAAUUGGUUCCUUUUUCUGUAAGGAUAAGAUUUGUUUGUUUGGUAUGGAUUCAUAUGGUUUUAUACUGUUGCAAUUUGUGUCACACAUUUUCAAUAAAAUGCGUAUAUCUCAGUUCAGAACCGAAUAUAGUCCGGGAGAUUGU